UCUAAUCAAAGUUUUCAGUCUUGUCGCCAACACCGCAUCCUCGCCCGUCGUUCCUGCUACCGCCUUAUGUGACCUGAGCUCCCGUCGUUCGAAGAAACACAGAUCCGUCGUGUUGCGUGAUCCGUAACGCACGAUCAAGACCAUAAGAUGGACAGACAGGCUCCGGGGCGCUCAGUCUGUGGCGUUGUAAAUGCUAUUCAAAACCCAGUACGCGGCAUCCUCGAGCAGUAAGAACCGCAGUCGCGCCCUUGUUCCCCCACUUGCUGUCUUGAAGUACGAUGGCGUCCAAGCUCAAGCUCUUCGUCUUUGCGCUAUUUCCGCUCGCCUUCGCAAAGCCCAUGGCCCGCAGCAUGAAAAUCCACGAGGCCGUAGAGAAUGUGCCCAAGGGUUACAUCCGAAAUGGACCUGCUCCCGCAGAUGCAGAGCUCAACCUGCGCAUUGCGCUCGCACAGAGUGACCCGAAGGGGCUCAUCGACGCGCUGUACAACGUCAGCACGCCGGGCAGCUCAUCAUAUGGCCAGCACCUCAGGAAGGAAGAGGUUCAGAAGUUUGUUGCGCCAACUACACAGACCGUCAAGGCCAUCAAGACCUGGCUCACUCAGGCUGGCGUAAAUGCGACCCCAGUUACGGCUGCCGGCGAUUGGCUCAAAAUCGCUAUCCCUGUCAGCCAGGCUAACGAGCUGUUCAACACGGAGUUCACCAUCUUCAACCACUCCGAGACCGGCAAGCAGACGAUUCGUGCGAUGCACUACUCAAUUCCCACCGAACUUGAGGGACACAUCGACAUGGUUGACCCUGUGACCUCGUUUCCGAGCUCUAUAUCCCUUCGCUCCGUCGUCUCGACACCGUCUAACCUCGAGCGCCGCGAUGUUGACUCCCCGGCGCCUUGCUCGACGUUGGCGGUCACACCCUCCUGCAUCGAUUUUCUGUACAACAUACCCGCCAUCAAGGCUACCCAGAGUUCCAACCACCUCGCUGUCAGUGGCUUCAUCGACCAAUUCGCCAACAAGGCUGAUCUCGCGACUUUCCUGAACAAAUUCCGACCUGAACUCAGCGGAGAGACCUUCACCCUUCAGACCAUUGAUGGCGGCAGCAACUCGCAGAAUGGAAGCGAGGCCGGCAUUGAGGCGAACCUUGACACCCAGUACGCCAUCAGCACGAGCCACGGCGUGCCAGCAACCUUCAUUUCUGUUGGCGAGGAAAAUCUCGACGGUGACCUUAGCGGCUUCCUGGACAUCAUACUCUUCCUCCUCGGCGAAUCCAACCCACCGCAGGUCCUGACAACCAGCUAUGGUGGGAACGAGAACGAUAUCUCUCCCUUACUUGCUGCCAAACUUUGUAAUGCUUACGCUCAACUCGGUGCCUGCGGUACUUCCAUCCUCUUUGCCUCCGGUGACGGUGGUGUCUCUGGUGGAGUGCAUGGCUUGCCGCCUGAUAGCUGUACAGACUUUGUCCCUACAUUCCCCGUUAAUUGCCCCUUCGUGACCGGUCUCGGUAGCACCCAAAUCGUCUCAUCAUCCGGCGGCGAGACUGCUGGAAGCUUCUCUUCCGGCGGAUUCUCCAACUACUUUAGCAGGCCGCCAUACCAGGCCGCCGCCGUCGAGUCCUACCUCUCCUCUAUCGGUUCGAUGAACAGCGGCUUGUUCAACGCCUCGGGGCGCGGGUAUCCGGAUGUCUCGGCGGUCGGAAUCAACGUGACAAUCGUCGUUAACGGCACGAUUCAGACAAUAAACGGCACGAGCAUCUCGACCCCCGUCUUCGCCGGAGCGAUCUCGCUCAUCAACGACGCGCUCAUCGCUGCUAACAAGAGCGCGCUCGGCUUCCUCAACCCAUUCCUGUACGCGACCCCUGAUGCGUUCAACGACAUCACGACCGGCAGCAACCCUGGAUGCAACACGAAUGGCUUCCCAGCUCUGGAGGGCUGGGACCCUGUCACUGGCCUGGGCACCCCAAACUUUGUGGCGCUGAAGGCGGCGGCUCUGAAGGCGGCUGGGGUUCCAUACCCCCACCCAUAAAUGAAUGGUACGACGCAGGAUAUGAUUUAUCUGUAGAUCGUUUUUAUGUCUUGAUGUGACAUCAACAUACUUUUCC